AUGCUGCAUCGCUUGGCUCACGCCAUCACGCUAUCCUACAUUGCUUUGGGCGUCUCUGCUGCCACUGACUGCAGUGACCCCAGUCUUACUGACUUUGGUGCUUCUGAUAUGGGCAAGUUGUGGAACACUGGCGAUGUGUAUGUGAAUAUCGCUGAUUAUACCAACUAUGACCGUAUUCAUAACCCGGAGAGGCUCCUUCCGUGGAUGAAGGGAUGGAGGAAGCAAACUGGCAAUACUGAGAGGAUUUGGUUGACUUACGGUGACACAGAGAAGUCCAAUGGGAAAAGGAUGGCAGACUUCGUUGAUACCUUCCAAGAGUACUUGGAAAAUUAUAUUUCGGCAGAAGACAUGCGGGAAAUUGCUCCCAUCGGUUUGAGCUACGAUAUUGAGCACAUGCAGCCGGAGGAUAUCAAGACGACUUUACUGAAGGCUCAGCAGAUGAAGAAGGAUGUUAGCAAGAGGAUGGGAUAUGCCUCUGGUUCUUUGUUCAUCGAUUUUGCCAUCGAGGGUCAAAAAAAUACUCUGGGUACUCAGUACAUUAUGCAGUAUGCCGACCAUGCUACGAUGAUGCUCUAUCGUAACGCUAUUGACGGUGACUAUGCAGAUGAUCUCGUUUAUCGUAUGAAUUAUAUGAUGACAGAACAGUGUGCUGUGUGUACUCAACCAGGAUGGGAGAACUUGAAGGCCAAGAUCACCAUCAUGUUGGAGGGUUCUUGCACUGUUGGUAAAUACUGUCACAAGCUUUCUAUGUGUGCUUACGAUGCCUCAGCUUAUCCCGAUUCCACUGGUGGUAUUGAAUAUGCAUGGGAGUUGCUCAACGAGUUGAAGGCCCGUACAGUUUCUGAUGGUAUUCUCACACAAGAGCAGUUCGAUUUCCUCUAUGAUAUCCAUGGUUCCCUGUAUGUUGUUCAUAACUGGGAAUGGGUGAAGUGCUACUAUGGUGACAGUUUCUCUCUUGAGAUGGGGUAUUCCGAUUGUCUGGACCAAUACCACGAACUCGCUGGCAAGUGCCGAUCCGAGUGAAACCUGUCUUGUAGAUUAUAUGGGGAAUGUGUGUGUCAGACAAGCCUGUUAUAGUGUGAUGCUAUUACCUUAUAUGCUGCUAUAAAGUUUUCCUGCUGACGUUGAUUAUAUAACUUCAACUGUUCUAGAGUAAUUCUU